UGCAAAAGGAACAACAAAUGCUCAAUAAACGCAGCAGUAUUUGCAGUGGUAAAUGCAGUUCAGUGAUUUAUAGCUUUGAGAGACUAAAUAGAUUUUAUUUCUUCGUAGAAAGACGACAUUUGGUUGGUUUCUGACUCUGUCCUUGCGACCCUGCCCAACCUUUUAUUUCAUUUGAUAUAGUUUACUUGUUAUUUUGAUAUACUCACAGGUAGGGAAAUGAUUAAAUGAACCAGAUUUUAAUAGGCGAUGUAUAAUAUCCUUUUUCUUCUCCAAGCAUUCCCUUACUGGCACAAACACACACUGUUUUCCUAGCUAAAUGAGCUUAACAGCAGUUGGUAGACCAGGAACCUGGAACUCAGAGGUGUGCUUAGAUAAUCGUUUUAAGCUUUAAGGAAAUCAGAAGUGAUAGGACAGGUUUUUCAGCUGCCGGUGACCCAGUCUCUUACUGGCUUCAGGGACUGGCGGUGAUGCUUCCAGAACAACUUAGAAAAGUCACAGGUAUAGGGGGUUGGAGGCCCUUCUGGUUCCGAACUGCUUUGAAGGUUCUACUGUACUCUGACUAGAGUACUGGUGGUGAGGCAACUGUAAAGGAAAUCACAGCUUGCGAAGGGACUAGGUUAAAAGUAAAAGAGGGGAGUGAGAGUGGGAGAAGAGAACUCAGACGAAUCUCUUGCAUCCCUUAAUAGGCUUUCUCUCUUACUUUCACCUUUCUCCUCCACUCAGCUUCCUGAGAGUGCAUGCAGACUUUCGGGAACCGAGUGAUUCUUUGCUUUAGGAAGAUGUACAAUCUAUCAUCCAGUCUUGGACCAACGAACUCAUCCUGCCCGAACCCGGAGCUGAAUUGCUCACAGGAGCUCUCAGAGCAAGAUGGGGAAGAGCCUGGGAGUCACAAUGCUUCCAACCCAGACCUGCUCCUGCAGCCCUUGUACAUAGCAGUGCCGGUCAUCUACUCUGUGAUCUGCGCAGUGGGACUGACCGGCAACACAGCGGUGCUCUACGUCUUGCUGCGGGCUCCCAGGAUGAAGACAGUCACUAACUUGUUCAUCCUGAACCUGGCCAUUGCGGAUGAGCUCUUUACGCUGGUGCUGCCUAUUAACAUUGCUGACUACUUGCUACUGCAGUGGCCCUUCGGGGAGCUGAUGUGUAAACUCAUCAUCUCCAUCGACCAGUACAACACCUUCUCCAGCCUAUACUUUCUCACAGUUAUGAGCAUCGACCGCUACCUGGUGGUAUUGGCCACUAUUGAAUCUCGCAAGAUGGCCUACCGCACCUACAGGGCGGCCAAAGUGGUCAGCUUGGCAGUCUGGUUCCUGGUCACGCUUAUUGUUCUGCCCUUUACAAUCUUUGCCCAACUUUACGAAGAGGAGGGUCGCAUCCAAUGCGUCCUGGUGUUUCCCCAGCCAGAGAAUUUUUGGUGGAAGAUAAGUCGCAUCUACACACUCAUCCUUGGCUUCGCCAUCCCUGUGUCUACGAUCUGCAUCCUCUAUAGCAUCAUGCUGUGUCGGUUGCGGGCCAUGCAGCUGGACAGUCAUGCCAAAGCCUUGGAUCGGGCUAAGAAGCGAGUGACUCUCAUGGUGCUGGUAAUUCUGGCUGUGUGCCUCUUCUGCUGGACGCCUUAUCACCUUAGCACCAUAGUCGCCCUCACAAUGGAUAUCCCACAAACUCCAGUCAUCAUCGGAGUCUCCUAUUUCAUCACCAGCCUGAGCUAUGCCAAUAGCUGCCUCAACCCCUUUCUCUAUGCUUUUCUCGAUGACAACUUUCGGCGAAGCUUCCGGAAGCUGGUGGAAUGUCGGGCCUCUCCUUGAAGUCUGGGGCUCUUCUGAGAAUCUCCUCUUUCCUAUCCCUCCCACACACUCUUCUCCGCCUUGGUCAGAGAAUUCCUGACCUUUCAGAGCCAGAAUUGGCAGUCUGAAAGAUUAUAGCCUUCAUAAAGGGAAGGUGACUUUGGUCAAAGCCUUUUUCUCCUUUCGCUUUUUUGCAAGUUCUGUGGACUUAAAGAGAUUUUCCAUUUUCUUUACACCAACUUUUUUUUGAGGGGUUAGGGAAGAGGCAAUGGAAAACUAAGAAGGAUUCCUCAGUGUCUUGUGCAAACCUUUCCUUUAAUUUCAAACUGAAGUCAAACAAAACUGAGCUCUUGGAAACAGUAUGGACCCUCUGGAGAAAAACAAAGGAAAAUAGGACUAUUAAGCCUCCCAUUCCUGCUCCCCCUAUUCCCCAACAAAAAUUUUGUGAGCUCUAGUGCUUUUUUCCCCUACAAUGAUGUGUUAAUGUCUUGUUCUCUUUUGCUUAACUUGAAGUGAAACAUACCAAUUGUCCUUGUAAGUGGUCUAUUUUCAUCUUUUUUCCCUUUCCCUCUCUCUGUGUUUUAUUACCAGAGUGGAGACAGGUGUUUUCUCUUGUUUAUUUAAACAAUUUUUCUUCUGCUUAGAAGGGAUGGAGCAUUAAGGUUUUCUUCUACCACAUUCCAAAUGGUCUGCGGGGUGCCUUAGGAGUUGUCCUGGUGCUGGAAAAGACACUGACCAUAAAAAUCUCUUUGAGACCUCUCUAGAAGGAGGAAGUGGCUUCAAUGAGUAACAGUUUCUGGCUUCCCUUUCUAAACCUCUUUUAAGGAAAAUAACUGUGUUUUGUCUUGUUAAUGAGGCAGAGGGAGAGAGGGAACAGGGUAAAGGAAAAGAUGAAGGGACAGAACUGGCAAUAAGCAGCUAGCUUGAAAUCUCUGAGUGGAUUCUGGGUCCAGGGAAAGAUCCACAUUAAGGCAGCUUAAACUAACUUAAGUACAAUAGUUUCCCUCUUUGAACUGUAUUCAGUGAAACUACUGUGACCUUUGUUAAAUAAAAGGGGACUCAUUGAUGCAGGCAGUUCAAGCCAUGGACCUGCCUGGGAUAAACUUAGUGUAAUAGAAUAGUAAAAGAAAUGCUUUCUAGACAGAGAAAGUCUCUAGCUACAGUCUUUCCUUUUUGAGCAUUUGGGUCUGUCUGUUCCCUGCCCUCUCCUAGAGCUGUAAGGAGAUCUAAUGUUAGAAACUAAGGUUUUAGAGCUCCUGCUUUCCAAUUUGCUUAUUUCUGAGUCUGCAGGAGUAAAACAAACAAACAAACAAACUGUCAUCAGAAAAAUUCAGACCUAUGGUUUUGGAGCCACCUGCUGUAGAAAGAUUUCUUGCUACAAGAGCACAUUGGCUAAAUGCUACUGCCAAGCUUUUGUUGUUCAAUGUGGUGGGAUGCUGGAACUAAAACCAUCUAAAUGUCUGCUCAAAUGUGUUUGUUAGCAGUUACCAUCAUAAAACAAAAUAUUUCCACACCCAAUUCUUCAUUCCAAUUCACCCUCAGCCAACUUUGGGAUCAGUUGAGUCUUCUUCUGAAUUUUAUUUCAGAAAUAGUUACUUUAUUGGAGGGGAGGAAGAGAGAAGGGGGGGGGGUGAAAGGGAGAGAGGGAGAGAGAGGAGAGAGAAAGAAAGAGAGAUGGAGGGAAAGAGAAAGGGGGGAGAGAGAGUACUGAGUCAGGCUUCAAAGAUUCUGGGUUAAAAUCCCACCUCUGACUCUUAUUAUCUCUGUUACUUUUAGACAAGUCACUCAAUUUUUGGAAUCCAUUUUUUAAAAAAAUCUCUAAAAUGAGAAUUGCAUCUAGCUGCACUAAAUGACCUCUGAGGUCCCUUUUGGUUUCAGAUUUAUGCCACUUUUAUUUUUCUAGAAUGAUUAAAUUUGAAUGGAAAGUUUAUAAAGAAGGGAAAAAUUAAAAUAAUCUCUAUCCUGAUGAUUAGAUAACAUAAAUUCAGGGCCAUGACUAUGGACAUCCCUCCAUUAAAUCCUAAAGAAUGUCUUGUAAAUAUUUACCCUUGGUCACAGGAAGAAACAGAUGAGAAUCCAUGAUGAGUUCCUUUUUAACUUCCAUCAUCUCCCCAAAAGUGGCAUAAAAUAUUUUAGGCAAUCAUCAAAGUAGUUCAACCAAAUCUUUGUUUCACUCAGACAUUUUACCUUCAGUUCUUUGUAUGCCAGGCAAAAUGUGAAUUAAAGGGACAGUGGCAUAUGAAGAUAUAUUAGCAUAAGUCUAGAUUUUAUAUUUCUUUUAUACUUUGUAUUUAUUCAGUAUCAUUUUUAACAAAUGCUAUCUUAAUAGCACUAGAAUUCAAUUAAAAAAAACUCCUUCCAACAACAAUUUAAGAGAAUUUUUAAUUUCCAGAGAUUUUGUCCGUGUGUAUAUGCUAUAUUGUGUUGUGGUCGUGUCUCUACAGAAAAUCUAAAGCUGAAUACAAUAACUAUCAGGUCACUUUAAUUAAUUUAAACUAAUCUCUAAGCAGAUUACCUAAAAUUCCAAACACUUUCUUUUUUCCUUGGUAGUGAGUUGCUUUUGUUUUUUGUGGAGGGAGAGACAGUAACUCAGAUCAUUGUUUCAACCCCACGUUUGGGGAAAGUUGACUUUGGAAUGGGGAGCUUACUUAGGGGGAUGCCUGAUAAAACUAUCUCUUUCAUACAGAUUAGAACUGUUUUAAAAAUUGACAGCUUUCAAUUUUGGAAAUGUUAACUCAAAAUUAUUGUACUUUGAAUAAUAGUAAUAAACUGUUGAAACAGGCUUUCCCCUAGAACUGAUGUACAAUUCUCAAAUGUUGAUUUUGAAUACUGCCUUUCUUUAAAGCUUAAAAGGGUUCAAAGGAACUCAUGUGAAUAUAUUUCAAAUGCCCAAGAAAUGUUUUCCAUUUUUUUCUGUAUAAGUAAUAAAACUGUUAGUUUUUCUCCCCUCCCCAAAUUAACUGAAUUCUAAUUUGUUAGUUAGAAGUUCUAAUAUAUCAACAUAGAAAUUUGGCAAAGAACAUAGAGAACUUAGCUAAUGCAGAUUCAAAAUGUCACUGAGGGACUGGACUUACCCAUUUUGGCAGUUUUCAUUACUUGAAAUAUCCUUCAGGCUAUGCGGUAUAGACAUUAUCUCUGAUCACAAAUCACUAAGGGUCAUAUCUAAUUAAUAUAGCUUAUUAAAGCUAGUUAUUUUUAUAAACCUAUUUCCACCCCCUAUUGCUGUCAAUGGGAGAAUUUAUGAAGUGUCUACCACAUGUUGUGCACUGUGCUUAAUUGCAGUGCAAUCAGAAUGAAUUGUGGAGAGAACUACUGGUAAAGUAUUCUAAGUGGUACUGUUAUCUAUUAUCUGUUUAACCAUACAGAAGCAUGGCUUUAUGAGUAAGGAUAUAAUGGAAAGAUGUGAUAUCUCUGAAUCACCAAGAAUUUUUUAUAUGGUUCUGUGAGCUACAGAAACAGUACAUAAGAGCUGUUACCUUACAUUAAGCCAUAGAGAAGACUAAUUGAUCUCUUUUGGUGGUGUCCAACCCCAUUUGGCAUAAUGGUUAGAGUGUCGAAUUUAGAGAUAGGAAGACAUGGGUUUUAAUCCUUACACUUACAAGUUGUAUAGUUAUGGGCAAGCCAUUUAACCUCUGAACCUCAGUUUCUUCAAUUAUGAAUUGGAUGUACUAAUAUCUGCAUUACCAACCACACAGAGUUGUUGUGAAGGUGAAAUAAGCUAUUGUGUCACAUAUUACUAUUGUGUCAGAUAUUACUAGGAUAUCAACCUACCCUCAUUCUUCCUUAUUGUCUAGAGUAACAUGACAAAAAUACAUGCAGGCAUCCUUUAGAAGCAAGGAUUUACUUAGAACUUGUAUUUUGUUAUUGUACAACUAUUAACUACCUGUAGGAUUCUUACUAUCAUUGUCUUAUCGAUGCUAUUAGAUGGUAAUAUUAUGGAGACUUAAAGACAUUUUUUAUUAUUGUAAUUUGUUUAUGACAGGCAUAUACUGUAUGUAUUUGUGGACCCAUUUCAGAAGUGUACAAACUGUAUUAUUUAAUCAUGGAA